AAAUCUUAUAUAUAUCCAUGAAAGCUCUAUUCCAGGCAACUACAAGAACAAAAAUACACGAAAGAAGAAGAUGGAAGGAGGAACAGAAGCCUAUCCAGAUUUAGGAAGACAUUGCCAACUAUCUGAUUGUCAUCAACUCGAUUUUCUCCCUUUUACCUGCCAUGCCUGUCAAAAGGUAUUUUGUGUGGAACAUAGAUCAUGCAAGUCUCAUGAAUGCCCAAAAUCUGACUUUAACAGCCGAAUCGUUUUGGUUUGCGAAAUUUGUUCUAUGUCCAUGGAAACUACCGGCUGUCAAGUUGAAGACCACAAAGCAAUAUUACAAAAACACGAGGAAUCUGGGGAUUGUGACCCUAAGAAGAAGAAGAAACCUACCUGUCCUGUCAAAAGAUGCAAGGGGAUUUUGACCUUCUCCAACACUAGUACUUGCAAGACUUGCCGGAUUCAAGUUUGCCUCAGACACAGGUUCCCUGCUGAUCACGCCUGUAACCGCACUUCUUCAUCAUCACAGCUGUUGGUUAAGGAUCUAAAGGAACCCAAUAACAAGUUUUUGACUGUUUUGCUUGCAAGGAAUGAGAAAGAUUGCGGGAAUAAAAGUCGUGCCUCAUCUCCAAGCCCUGCUAACCCUUCUGUUAAAGCUUGUUGAUCGUUUCAGAGCACAUUACUAUUCAUUUGUCUUUUGUAAUUACAUUAUUUUAUGGAAAACAAUGUUGUUAUAUUUUCAAUUUCUAUGGAUAGCACUCCCUCCCUUCCUAUUCA